AUGUCCAGCCAAUCACAGGCGGCUGAUUCGAUUCCGGGUGCUUUUCGGCGGGCGCUUACGACCAAACCAGCUCGGAAAGGCCAACCUCAACCUCCAAAAUCCUCGAGUUCCCGACGACCCGUCAGAGUCACCACGCCCUCUGCCUCCCCUCGUGCUCGCCCUCGCCCUUCUCUGUCUCCAAUUCGCAGUUGUGCAGCUCUCGCAGCAAUGUCUCAACUCAGCUCCGCCUCGGCCACCCUGCUGCGCUCCUGCGCCCGCCAGCAGCUGCCCUCGCACGUCGCUCGCUCCGCGGUUGCCGGCGUCCAGCAGCAGCAGCAACGAAGCGCCUCCAAUGCUGGCGCCAAACCGUCCUUUCAGAGCCCCUUUGCGAGCGCCGAGGAGGCCGAUGCCACCUUGAAGAUCCCCAGCUUCAAGAAAUACAUGUCCAAGGGCUCGCCGUCGACGAACAAGGUCUUCUCGUACUUUGUUGCCGGCUCCAUGGGUCUCGGCUCGGCUGUUGGUGCAAAGGCUACCGUGCACGACUUCCUCACCAACAUGUCCGCCUCUGCCGACGUUUUGGCCCAAGCCAAGGUCGAAAUUGCUCUCGGCACUAUCCCCGAAGGCAAGAACGUUAUUAUCAAGUGGCGUGGCAAGCCCGUCCUCAUCCGUCACCGCACUGCCGGUGAAAUCCAGGAGGCCAACGACAUUGACUGGAAGACUCUCCGGGAUCCUCAGCCCGAUGAGGACCGUGUGCAGAAGCCCGAGUGGCUGAUCAUGCUUGGUGUUUGCACUCACCUUGGUUGUGUGCCCAUUGGUGAGGCUGGUGACUUUGGUGGCUGGUUCUGCCCUUGCCACGGUUCCCACUACGACAUCUCCGGCCGUAUUCGCAAGGGUCCUGCUCCGUUGAACCUCGAGGUCCCCGCAUACAGCUUCCCCGAUGAGGAAUCUCUCAUUAUCGGUUAA